AUGCUCGAUGAGGAUAAGCUGAACGCGGUUCAAAACGCUCGCCCCUGCAUGCUAAUCGGUUCGAACAACGCAGGCUUGAUUGUGCUAUUGAAAACAGUUCAAUAUUCACUGGAUGGACUGCAGUUGACACGUUGUCACUUGGGCUGGACUAUACAUGGCGUAAUCGAACCCAACGGAGCUGGAGAUUCUGACAAUCAUGCGUUUCUAUGCUCUGAGGACGAUGACAUCGAACUAACGGAGUUAAUCAAGCAGAUGUACAAAGUGGAAAACUUCGGAAUCAUUGGGCAACUGCCGAAGAUAUCAGACGAGGAUCAACGCGCCAUUGAUAUCAUGAACCGUACAAUUAUGCGCCGCGGAGAGCGCUUCGAAGUGGGACAAAUCUAUAAAUAUAACAACUUUACGUUCCCGGACAGCAAACCGCAAGCCCUCAGGCGCCUUCAAGUCAUGGAAAAGAAAAUGGACUCAAAUCCUGAUUUCGCUGCAAAGUACUGUAGCAAAAUAGAAGACUGCAUCGAAAAAGGAUACGCUCGGAAGCUGGAACCUGAUGAGCUUCAUGAAACUUCAAACACCUGGUACCUGCCACACUUCAGCGUGGAAACCGCCGGGAAAUUUCGACUGGUUAUGGAUGCCAAAGCAAAAUCCCACGGUUUCUCUCUCAACGAUCUGUUGCUGAAGGGCCCCGACUUCGUUCCUCCAUUGAUUGCGGUUCUGAUGCGUGCACGAAGGAAGAAGUUCGCCUUUGUAGCAGACAUAAAGGAAAUGUUCCACCAGAUCCUUAUUCGUCGAGUGGAUCAGGACUCCCAGCGUUUCUUUUUCCGAGGCAUGGAUCGCUCCAUGCCACCCGACGUGUAUGUAAUGAUGGUGAUGAUUUUCGGAGCUGUGUCCUCUCCUUCCAUGGCGCAAUUCAUUAAAAAUUUCAACGCCAAAGAGUUGGAAGAAGUGUUUCCCGGCGUGGAACGAGCCGUUUUGAAGCAACACUAUGUGGACGACUUUUUUGAUUGCGCGGACACCGAGGAGGACGCUGUUGAACUUGUUCAGCGUGUCAUCAAGGUACAUAAGCACGGCGGAUUUAAGCUAACCAAAUUUUUGUCAAACUCUGAAGUGAUCCUGAAUUCACUGGAUAGAGAAUCGAUCGCUGAGAAUGAUACAGGUACCACUAGUGUGCUUGGCAUAGUUUGGGACCUUCGUUCUGAUGAGUUCGUGUUUUCGUUGGAAUUCCCAAAGCUAAUUGAAUGUUUCCGAACCGGCGAGAGUAUUCCUACAAAACGACAGUUAUUAAGGUUCAUGAUGGGCAUCUUCGAUCCGUUGUGUCUGCUUAGCCCAAUCACAAUACAGUUGAAGAUAAUUUUCCAGGAACUAUGGCGUCUGCAGAUAGGCUGGGACGAUGAGAUUCCAGAUGGUUUGGCUUCGAGAUGGAAUGAGUGGUUGCGUGAAACUGCGAAGCUGAAAGAAGUUCGUGUCUCAAGGUACUAUUUCCCUGAGCUACCAUCGUUUUCCAAUGCCGAACUGCAUGCUUUCUCUGACGCGAGUGACAAGGCCUUCGCUUGUGCGAUUUACAUGGUUCAUCGUCAGGGAAGGUAA